AAGACGGGGGCCAAGGUUUUUCUGUGACACAAGGCGUUGGGUGUCAGUUAGAUACGAAAACGCGAAGUGAGGUGAAGUCAAAAUAGUGUGUUCGGUGUUUAUUGGUUGCAUUCAAUGAAAAUAGAGUGAGACCUUCACCUUGGAGCCCCAAACUCUCUAUUGUUCCAUGGGAACUGAGAUUGCGAAUUUUCCACGUCACUCGUCACAAUGAAGCUGUUGAAUUUCCCCUUGGAAAAAAGGGCGCUCCAAUACACUGCAGUCUUUGCUUGUUCGGUGGCCACCUUCUCCAGUGGUUGCCAGUACGGAUGGUCAUCGCCGUCCCUGCCGCUUCUUCUAAGCGAAGACUCCCCAAUUCCCAUGACAAACGAGCAGUCGUCAUGGGUUGUCGUCAUCUGCCUAUUCGGCGGCCUGUGCGGUGCCAUUUGCGCCGGAAUCACCUUGGAUCUGAUCGGGCGAAAAAUGGCGAUACUGAUCUCUUCGGUGACGUUCAUCGUUUCGUGGCUGAUGAUGGCGUUCGCCAAUUCGCUGGCGGUCCUCCUUGCGGCGCGACUCAUCGCCGGUUACUCGGACGGACUGAUUUACGGAGUGAUACCGGUUUAUAUCGCGGAAAUUUCGGACGCGGGGGUGCGCGGUCUGUUGGGCUGCACCGUCACGAUCACCUUCUUGAUCGGUUCGGCCUUUAUGAACGUGAUCGGCACGUAUUUGACGAUCAAAUGGUCCGCUCUAAUCUGCGCUGCACUGCCGGUGAUCAUUUUGGUGCUGCUCAUUUGGAUUCCCGAUUCGCCCAAUUUCUACUUGAUUAAAAACAAUCACGAGAAGGCACGAGUAAGCUUGGUCGCGUUUAAAGGUGUCGAGGAAGCCGAUCGAACCUUGGAGAUACUCGCCGAAAGCGUGACGAAGGGAAACUUGCGAUGUCUGUUUAAGAAACCCAGUUUGAAAAAUCUGCUAAUGAUCAUGGGGUUGAGAUUCGGACAACAGUUUAGUGGUGUUAUUGCGUUCACGUUUUACGCCCAAACGCUAUUCCAAGAGGGAAGCGAUGCCCUUUCGCCUUUGUCAGGAGUUCUCAUUUGGUACGCCGUACAAAUCCUGUUUUCCACCAUAGGCGCGCUAUACGUCGACAGAAUCGGAAGAAAGCCGCUAAUGAUCGCCUCCACCAUUGGAUCGGUCAUCUCCCUAUUGCUCGGAGGACUUUUCUUUCUCGCGCGCGAUGUGCUCGGGCUGGACACUAGCGGAAUUUCGGCGUUACCAACCGUAAUGCUCAUCACGUACAUUAUCAGUUACAGUUCGGCGUUACAGUUGGUGCCCCUUUUUUUGGGGGCGGAAAUUUUCGCGAGUAACGUGAAGGCGUACUCUGUCGCCAUUUCGGACGGAUACUACUUUAUAUUUGCCGGCUUGGCCUCCAAAUACUUCCAGUUUACCAUGGAGGAGUACGGGCUGUACGUACCUUUUUUGACGUUCGCGCUGUGUUGCUCUUUCGGACUGGUGAUGAUAAUAUUUUUUAUUCCAGAAACUAAAAACAAAACCUUGGAAGAGAUUCAAAUGGAAAUGAACAAUAAAAGUAGUGCGUAACCUUUGCUCUCUUUAGGUGUUUAAAGCUGCAUUCCUUAGUAAAAGAAAUUAGUAGAUAGCUAUUCAACAAUAUUAUGUGUAUUGUAUUUCGAAGCACCUUUUUAUGAUCGGAUCAUGUUUAAUUAAAUAAAUUAGA